AUGUACGGCCUCAUAGUGCUGGUUCUGGUCGAGUCCCAGCCCGCUGCGAGGUUCCCCAGGCCUGCCAGACUCACCCGGCUGCUGCUGACCAUCACUUUCACCUGCGCGGCCAUGGGCUGCAUCCAGAGCAUAGCCUGCAACAAGUCCCGCAUCAAGCGGGAGAACAUCGUGGUGUCGGACCUGGUUGCCACCAUAGACCACUGCCCCACCGUCAUCGAGGAGAACUCCCCCAUAGUGCUCCGCUACAAGACGCCCUACUUCAAAGCCUCCGCGCGGAUCUCGAUGCCUCCAAUUUCGCGCAACGAGACCUGGGUGGUGGGCUGGAUCCAGGCGUGCACACAGAUGGAGUUCUACAACACCUACGGAGACAUCGGCAUGUCCAGCUGGGAGCUGCCUCAGCUCAGAGAAGGUCUGGUGAGGGCCAUCAGCGACUCGGACGGCGUCAGCUACCCCUGGUAUGGAAACACAACAGAGACCGUCACCAUCAUCGGCCCCACCUCCAAGCCGUCCCGCUUCACCGUCAGCAUGAAUGACAACUUUUACCCCAGCGUCACCUGGGCGGUGCCGGUCAGCGAAUCCAACACGCCCUUACUGACCAACAUAAAAAGGGACCAGAGCUUCACCACCUGGCUGGUGGCGCUCAACACCACCACCAAGGAGAAGACACUGCUCCACACCAUCAAGUGGAGGAUGCGGGUGGACAUUGUGGUGGACCCGUCCCUGCCUUUGGGCUCCAGAGCCAGGCUGGUGGGACGGCUGCACCAGGAGCAGCCACGGGUUCUGACCCGUAUGGAGCCAAUCCCUCUGAACGCCAUGGGGAGACCGAACGCUAACGACGCCCAGGUCCUGAUGUGGAGGCCGAGGCGAGGCCCUCCGCUUGUUGUCAUACCGCCCAAGUAGAACAACGGGACCUUCUUGUUGGAUGUUUUUAAUCACACCACAGUGAGCCACAGAUGACUGAAUAGGACUCGUGUUAAAUGUUGACAGCACAAAUCGGUCUUACAAUCCUGAGGGGCCUUAAUUCCCCGCCGCUGCCUUUGAUGACUCAGAAAGUGUCUCUGGUGCUGAUGAACAUGCAGGUGUUCAGUCCAAUUCAGCACAUCUGAGCCGUUUCUCUCCGAUCAAAUCGCCAUCAGCCCUGGAGGUGUGUGAUAUAGCUUCUCAGGCUCAGAACGAGGGGGUCAAACCUGAACAUUGGUGGUUAAAAAAUAAAAGGUUUCAGCCUUCAUGAUGCUCUGUGGUGCAUUAGGAAGUGCUGUUCAGAGGAAAAGGAAGGGUCAUUUUAACUGGACGACGCGAGUGCAGGUGUUUGUGUUGACUUGUGCGUGUUUUCUUACAGGGAGCUCCGAGGUUGGCUCCACACUCGCUGCUGUGUCACACCAGACUGCCUCUCUACAACCACAGAUGAUCACAGCCAUUCACGACUGAUUGUUUUCACACAUGCAAGCAACUUUUGCUUCAUUCAUUUUAUUUCCCACACACAGUCGCUUACACAGUUCCUCUUAUUUUGCCUUUUUGAGGAUAGAGGUGACAGUUCAUGGCCCACUGCAGCCGCUUGGUCUCAUUAAAUCUGACCUAAGCAGAUCUGUAGGUGAAGAAGAAGCCUCAGCGGACAGUUUUACAUAAAACAGCAGUAUCUACACAAGAGGAGCAAGGGUAGGCGGUUCACUCAGAUUACACAAAGCUCAUUAGUAUUUUUAGUAUGAGAAUGUCACAAAUUGUGAGCAAAGUAAAUAUAAAUGUAUUGCGGUGAUUUUGAAGAGUUUUUCAUGCCAAGAAAACAAACCUGAUGUUCUAAAUUAUUGUUUUAAUUUUAUAUUUCACCAGCAAUGUGUUUCAGCGAAGCAGGUCAGAGGAUUAUUCAUUCGUUGUAGCUUCUGAUUUUCACCUACAGCGGGGUUUCCUUUUGUGUGUUGAUGUGGCACACAGCUGCUCUCAGAUCAGCACUUUGAUGUGCAAGUCAGGCCAGUUUAACAUCUAGCUUAAAUCGGAGCCAUCUUUUGUUCUGAUCCAAUAAAAGCAUUCAGCUGCAAAUGUCGCUUCAGAAUUUGCAUCAUUCAGGUUAAAAUUUAGUUUUAAACUCACAGGUUGGUCCGUGUCCGGUGAGAUGAAGCCUCUCGCGUCAUCAUCCAUGCUGGUUUUUGUUCCAGGAGUUGAAAAUGUGAUUGGAUCCUCUUAACUUGGAAGGAUGCAGGAUUUGCGAACAGAAAUACAUGUUUAUCUGUUCCCUUGCAAAAGAGACGUUUCCCGUGCCGCGUCGUCGAAUAUCUAAAAGGUUUCAGCAUUUUAAUGUGGUUCUGCAGCCUUUGUAUGCAGAGAAACAUCUGGAUGCUGUAAAUCUCUCAGAGAUGCAGUUGAUAGGAUGAAAUCUCACAUUUAUGCUGAGAAUGUGCUCCACACCUUUGCUCUCAGAGUUUGGAGAGCCUUGUUUGAAGGGUCGAGCUUGCUUUUCGGGUCCCUGACCUGAAGAUAAACAACCGUUGCCUUGAGAUGUUAAACCAGCUACCCUUCAUCUAAAACUUUUACAUUUGCAGCAUUUUGUUGCUUUAUUUAAAAAAAAAACAUACCAGGGAAACAUCUUGAAAUUAGGAAUGAAUUUCUCCAAAAACUCUGUUGAUUUAGUGUUAUUUUCUAUUUGAAUGUGGGGGUUUUGAAAUGUUGUGGAUUUGGUCACAGAUAUUUUUAUGAAGGAAUAUUGAUUCCAGCUUUAACACUUGCAUCUAUUUUAAGAGAACAACACGUAGAAAUGCAGAUAUGUUAAUGUAGCACAAAGAACACAUCCUAUGAGUAUUAUUGUUAUUAGCCUGGCAGGACGCUAAUGACGAAGCUACUUAAAACAGAAUUGUCCCGCAUAAAAUAAAUAUUAACUGGUCAUCUACUGCAUGUUUGUUUAUUACUACAGGUAACAAAAUUAAUUGUUUGGGUGACUUUACUGACAAAAUCUGGUUUAUAAAGGCCGGAAGUUUGGCUGAAACAAAAAAUGUGACUCAGGAUGAAAAACCCUUUAAGGACAAACAUCAUCCUUUAAUUUAAACGAGUAAAAAUAAAAACUUAAGAGAAAAAUGUUGUCAGUUCAAAGGUUGUUUUGUUUCUGAACUUCUGAGGGUUAAGAUGACUGUUACAUCGUUUUUAUCAUUACUGUUCCCAUGCUGAUUUUUGUUCCUGGUGCAAAACCAAACAGGCCUUCAUACCUCAUUUACAGCAGCAAAAACGGAACCGGCGUGUGACGAAACGCACAACGGAUCAGGAAGUAAAGGGUUAUCUGACAACCUCGACACAGGAGCAGCCAGUCUGACGACUUCAACUCUGACAAUCAAAAAUAAAUUUAAAAAAGCAGCAAAGGUGACAGAAGUAAGUUAUUUAUUGAACGUAUUGGUCAGAUUAUUGUGGCUUUUAUAUUAAAAAAAAGAAGUGGAAACUUGUUUUUCUCCUGAUAAAAAUAAAUGAAAGUACUUGAUCAUGAGGUGGAGUCUAGUGUGUGUGUGUGUGUGUGUGUGUGUAUACUUGUCUAUACAUCAAAGUGAGGACCAAUGACUAGCUUUUUACCUGCAAACUGAGGACAUUAGUACCAAAGUGAGGACAUUUUUGCUGGUCAUCACUUUUAGGUUAGGCUUAGGCAAAAUCCAGUCACUAAAAUGAAUGGUAGUCAAGGACAGUCCUCACAAUGAAUGCUAGAUGAGAAGGUCUGUGUGUGUGUACUUGUCUAUACAUCAAAGUGAGGACCAAUGACUAGCUUUUUACCUGCAAACUGAGGACAUUAGUACCAAAGUGAGGACAUUUUUGCUGGUCCUCACUUUUAGGUUAGGCUUAGGCACAAUCCAGUCACUACAAUGAAUGGUAGUCAAGGACAGUCCUCACAAUGAAUGCUAGAUGAGAAGGUCUGUGUGUGUGUGUGUGUGUGAGUGCGCGCGUGUACCUGAAGUGUCUUUAACAGUGACGGAUGUGCCUGUGGACUCCAGGUGGUUCUACAUUCAUAACUCUACUUGACUUGAGUCCAACUCAGAGAUGAUUUUAAAAAGUAAGAACAGCGUGUUGUUUAAACGUGAAACUUGGCCAUUACGGCCCUUUUUCCUCACACCUUUGCACGGACUGUUUCCAAAGUCAUUAAAACAAAUGGAAAACAUACCCGAGUGUACAUUUAUUCACCAUGUGUGGUCGGUUUGGCUGUGAUCAGAUUAUCAUUUAUAAGCAAUAUCAUCAACCUCCACCUAAAAUAACCCACAAUCAAAAUAUUAACAACAGAUCUGAAUCUUUUCUGUUUAUUGAACGUAGCUUAGUUUUAGCUCCGCUCUUAAAUUUCUACCCGGUUCCUAACCAGCUCACUUUUAUUUCAUCACGACACAAAACUCCAACUAAACGUCUUUUAAUGUUUGUUCCUACAAUAAUACAUUCCAUUCUGAAAAUUAAAGUUAAUGCGUGUCAUUUAUGACAGAAAACAACAGAGUAGCCACACAUUCAUUCCUUCUAAGUUAAACAUAGUUUCUCUUAGAAAAGAUUCACAAGUUAAACUUCAAAAUAAAAGCAAAAAUUGUACCCGCUUUAUACCAAAAGUAGAUUUCUAAACAAUUUCAACAUAAAAACGUACAUACACAAGCUCACCACCUGCAGGUCUGAUUGUUUUGCCACAAA